AUGGACUCUCAGGCUCUGAAAGAUUGUGUUGAUGAUCUACUACAACCAUUCAAGAAUGAUCAGAUAGACAUGGUUGCUGGGAUUGAUGCCAUGGGGUUCAUUUUGGGGGCUGCCAUUGCCUCACGUUUGGGAAAAGGUUUUUUGGCCAUCAGGAAGGCAGGUCACCUGUGUGUGGAGACCAUCAGUCAGCCAUAUGUAGAUUAUUCUGGAAGGGAGAAGAUAAUGGAACUCCGAACUGAUACAAUCAGGGCAGGUUUACGUGUGCUACUGGUUGAUCAGUGGAUAGAAACUGGAGGAACCAUGCAAGCUGCUAUUAAACUGGUAGAAAAAAGAGGCGCAGUUGUUGUAGGUGUUGCUACAAUCUGUAUUGAGGACAGCGAAGGAGGCAGGUGGGUGAAAGAAAAGUACAAAAGCUCGGACUGUGUGCCUAAUCACCUGAGGGACCAGUUCAACAACCACUUCCUGGAAACUUUUAAAGACUUUAAUAAGAAACUGAAUGAACGUAAAAAUGAGUGAAGACCAGUCACACACACACACUGUGUAGCAAGAUUUAUCUAAUUACUGCCUUUUUAUUUUACAUGCAUAUUAUAGACGUUGUAGUAUUUUCUAUCAAUAAAACUAAUUAAAAUGUG